ACGAAGUAACGUUUUACCGAUGGUCCAGACCGUUUCAUUUAAUCACUAUCUCUUCGUCGUGCGAUCGUAGAUCAUCAAUUGUCGCGCGUGAAUCUUAAAUCGUGCACAUCACGUUCGUUUAGAAGAACAAGAGAGGAAAGGUAUUUAAAAAGAAAGAAGAAGGGAAGAAGAGAAAGAAAUUACGUUUAUAAUAACGGUCAAAUCCGCAAAAGAACGUUCGAUUCGUUUCACCAUACCGACGAAUCUCUAGACCCGUUUCUGUUUCUUUUUUUUUUUUUUGUUUUAACUUUUGUUCUUCUUUCUUCCAAUUUAUCAGAGCAUUUAAUUCACAAUCAUCAUCAGUGUCCGCUUAAAGAUCGAUCGCGGCGGUGAUUUGAACGCUUGGUCGAAAGCUUAUGUUUUCUUUUCAUACAGUUUGAGCCGAUAAGGAUAAAAGAAUUCGAACGGUGUACGUAACGGUGAUAUCUAGGGAGAAAGGAAUUACACGUCCUCUAUUUUGCCGGAAAUUCACGUCGAAGGAAAAUCUUGGAGAGGAUCGCGGAAAAGUUGUCGAAAGGAACGCGACGAACUGUUUGGUCAUUGGUGAUCCACGAGAGAAACUUCGUUCUUUCGCUUUCUUCUUUUUUUUUUUCUAUUUAUCUCUUACUCUCUCGCUCUACGACCACGACCCACCCUAUUUUCACUCCGACUUCUUGUGUAUUACAUAAAGAGGUACAUUUUACUGGCCAGUUAACGAACCCGCGAUCGAGUGCGUACUUCCGUGCGCGUGUGUGUGUUUGCGCGCGUGCUCGCGCUUUCAAACCUACGCUUUUCGAAGACGACAAAAGAUCGAGAAAGAACUACUAAAGAACGAAGAAAUCUUAUGUAAAUUUGUGUCGGAGUCAAGGACAAGCAAUUGUUUUACUAAGCAAAAAUAAAAAGUACAAGAAAAAGAAGAAGGAAAAGAAGAAAUAGAAGAAGAAGAAGAAGAAGAAGAAGAAGAAAAAGAAAAAGAAGGAGAAGAAGAAGAAGAAGAAAGGAAAGACGGCCGAGAGUGAAAGUUAUUUUAUCACUCGUUAAAAAUUUCAAUUCGCGGUCAGAUCUAUGAUCUAAUGUCGUUUGCCAACGUCCUUUAGACUCGUCCCUUCUUUUUCUCCUUUUCCUCUUGGAGAGGCGCGUGAAAGCGUAGAGGUCAUCGUUACCUCUCCUUGAUCUCUCGCGAGAUUCUAAGUUACUGGAACGACAUAGUUCGGUCAAUCAGAAAGAAAGCAAACAGAAAAGAGUGGUACGAGUCUAAUUCUAAGACAAUUUUCGAUUCAUCGUCGAUCCAAAUAACGUGAUAUUAUGAGUUUUUACAUCUGUCAGACAAACAAUAUCCAGAAGUAUUCCCUAACACGAUGUUGGGAGAAGUAACAUGACGACGUGCUUUCUAAACGUAACACAUCGUGGAUUAGCUGUAACGCGAUUUCUACGUAUUGUCCAAUAAACAGAGCACAAAGCAUCCUGUCGUAUAUCCAUUACGUGCAUCUACGUGUGAACUAUCGACAAAUCGUAUUGGCUUACGCUCGCAGAGUCUUCUUUUUCUUUUUUUCUUCGUUCAUCGACUCUUCGACGAGUUCUUUUAUUCAUUCUUUUCUGGAAGGACCGGUUAAGCAAGAUUUGAAUUAAGGAUGAGGUUUAUAACGUCGUUGUUUGGAGAUGGUUCGCCUAAGACUAUGGGAAGGCAAUACAUGAAGGUUGGAAGAAAUGCACUUCUUGGUAUAAAAUCUAAUCAAAAGGAUGGCAUCUGUUCAGAAAAAGUACCAACACCAUUGUCUAUGCUCAUUUCAAGAGGGGGCAAGUUAAAACACAGUAGAAUAGCAGCAAUUUGUUUUGGCCUGCUUGCUCUUAUCAUUGGUAUCGUUCUUAGCAGUAUACCAUGGGUAGAUUACGUUAUUUUGAAGCAAUUACGUUUAUGGAAUGGCUCGCUCUCUUUUCAAUAUUGGCAGAAACCUGGAGUUGUUCGAUUGACCAAAGUCUAUAUAUUCAAUAUGACCAAUACCGAAGGCUUUUUACAAUUCAACGAAAAGCCGAAACUACAAGAAAUCGGUCCUUUCGUUUAUAGGGAAGAUAUGGAAAAAGUCAACAUAGUUUUCCAUAAUAACGGUACUGUGACCUACCAACACAAGAAAAUUCUAAAUUUCGUUCCUGAAAUGUCCAGAGAUAGAGAUCUCAAAGUAAUGGUUCCUAAUAUUCCGCUGCUUACACUUUCGACACAAAGCAAGAGCCUACCUCGAUUUAUAACGAUUGGUUUAUCGAUGUUCCUAAGUGGAAUGAAAAUGAAACCAUUUAUUCCUUUAACUGUUCAGGAACUUGUAUUUGGUUACGAAGAUUCACUCGUUAGUAUAGCACAUCGAUUUUUUCCUGUAAGUCGACGUCCUAUGAGUAAAAUGGGACUUCUAAAUGGCAGAAACGGUACGUUAAGUGAGGUAUCGACGAUAUAUACGGGACACACAGAUAUGAAAGUAUUUGGUCUUAUAAAUCGAUUAAAUGGAUUGGAUCAUCUACCUUAUUGGCCAGAAGCACCGUGCAAUUCUAUCACAGCUUCUGAAGGUUCGUUUUUUCCUCCGCGAGAUAAAACUGGAUCAGACAUUGUUCAUGUUUGGGACAAGGAUCUCUGUCGUGUCUUGCCAUUACAAUAUCGUGGACCAGUAAAAAAUAGUUGCAUAAAAGCAGAUUUAUAUACGCCACCGGAAAUGGUUUUUGGAAAGCCUGAUGAUAAUAAUCCAGAAAAUAAAUGCUUCUGCAUGGAUGAUCCUUCUACUUGUCCAAAAAAAGGAUUGCAAAAUAUCAGUCCUUGCCAAUACACUGCACCGGUCUACUUAUCUUUUCCACAUUUCUAUCAAGCUGAUGCAGAACUUUUAGACGCGGUCGUAGGAUUAAAACCAGUUCCGGAAUUACACGAAACUUAUUUUAAAAUACAACCGAAACUCGGUGUACCUAUAGAAGGAAAAGUUAGAGUACAGAUAAAUCUAAAGGUAGAACGUCAGCCGAAUAUCGGCGUGGUGGCGAACUUUCCUGAUAUAGUGUUUCCGAUAAUGUGGCUCGAAGAAGGUAUCGAAGAAUUGACGCCAUCGAUCAGAAGAUGGGUUUACUUGGCGACAACUUUCGCGGACGUUGCAGUACCUUGUGUCAGUUACGGGUUGAUUCUAGUCGGUUUGAUAACUAUAAUCGUGGUCUUCGUCAAGGCUCACAAUAACGUCGUGUUUACGCACGAGGCGAUAGAGUUAGGAAAGAGGACUAUUAGAAGAGGAUCGUCCUUCUUAGUAAAUCAACAGCAUCGAUUACUCGUCAACAAGGACUCCAAUUAUAUUUUAUUGAGUAACGAUAUCGAAGAGAUAUCUACCGAUGUAGUUGUAUGAUCGAAACUUUUAGAUAAAAAAGCGAAACGAAACGAAACGAAACGAAACGAAAGGGAACGAAACGGAACGAUAUGAAAGAAGAAAAUAAUAAUACCAAUGACAUUAAUAUUAGACUAUAAGACAUUAUUCCAUAAGACGAAACUACCAUACGUUCGAUAUGUUACACCAAAGUUUCGUAAAGAUUUGUCGUCGAGCUAAUAAAACGAACGAUUAAGUGUGCUAUAAAUGAGACAACACGCAACGCGUUCAUUACUUUCGUGGUUCAACAACGGUUUAAAAGUACAGGUCGUGAUAAACGUCCCGAGAAGAUCGUUUCAUUUUUGUCAUGUCUGUGAUUCCGUCCCUUUAUUUAUAAUCCUCAAAAUACAAACUAACGCGAUUUAGGCCGUAUCGAAUUGGUCGACGAUCGAAACAAACGUCUUCAACUUGUCUUCCCUCUUAUUCCAUAAUUAAAUUAUGUUUCUCUUCGUUGACCAGUUGAGAUGCUCUCGGUUAAAAUCUAGUGCAAUAUUAACAUCAUAUAUUUUAAUAUGUUUUCUAUCAAUGAUUACCAAAUUCUAUUGUUAAACGAAUAUACAUAUGUAUAUUUAUGUCUUCUGUUAAAAGAUCUAACAAUCACUGAAAUAUUUCAAAAUAUAUACAGUUUUUAGAUUAGCUACGCUGAUCUAACUUAUAGGGAUUAAAAAAAGGUUCUAAUAGCAUUAAAAAAUAAAAUAAUAUUUCUAUUAACAUCAUCGUAUAAUUUUUAUAACGAUGAUAUUUUUGCAUUCUUUUUUUUACUUCGAUAAUGUAAUAAUUAAUUGUUAAAAAGGGUGGUGUUUUGUGAGAAUUAAUUGCAUCCGUAAACAUUCGAAUAAUCGAAUAAUAUUUUAUAAUUUUGUAAUUCGUAUUUAGGAAGUGAACAUUGCUCAUUAAAUAAAUGUGGUAUUUUGCUGUUAUAUUAGAAUAAUAA